AUGAGCGUGUUUCCGCCCAUGCCGAAUUGCUUUAAAUCAGGUCGUUCCAAAGAGAAAAGUGAAGAAACCUCUUCACAUUAUUCACAGGAUCUGGAGGUUCUGUUUGAAGAUCUGAAAAAACGCAGCAAAUAUGAUGGGUAUCAAAAGGCUCUGGAGGUGAUGCAAAGUGCUCCGAUAGAACAACAAGAGGCCUUUGCAACAAUCAUUCACACUCUUCUGCCACCAGGUGGAAGACGGAUACAGUAUUUUAGUGUUGUGUAG